AACCACCACGUUGUGCGCGUUAGUGGUGCUGUAAAAAAAUAACCGGGUACAAAAAUUGUGGCCAAAGUAAACAAGAACGUCAAGUAACAUUCAACAAAGAAAGUAAAAAACAGAAAUUGAGCAGCCCAACAGCGGGGUUUUUGCAAGAGGGAGCCGAAAACCGAGAAGCGGCAUGAAGAUCACGCUUCCCGUGCUCCUCGCCACGCUUACAAUUUAUUGCGGUGCAACGGUUUUAUCUUUGCCACCAUCGCUUAUCGCCACAGCGGCAUCCUUGGCACGGCACCAUGUUCGCCAAACACGAGACAGCCGCAGAAGCGCUACCAUAACAGCUGAUGCCACCACGAUUCACUUACCACAGCAGCAUACUUAUGCUGUUGCAAAUCCGCAGCCGCUUCAAUGGCAGGCGGUGCGCCCGAAGAAGGAUGCAACCGGCUUUCGUUUAGACGGCGGCAAUGUUGCCACAAAUGGCUACACUGGCACAAACACCAACAGCGAUGAUAUUCUGGGCCUUUCCAGUAUGGAUAGCAACAACAAUGCUGGUAUUAAAUUGACGCACCCCUUCAAGGUUAGCGGCAAUCUGGCAGAUGGUAAGGAUGCAUACGAUCUAAAUGCGCUAUUGGCAGGUGCCGCUGAAAGCUUGAAAUGGAAAAGUGAGAACGCGCAACAAGCCCACCGAAGACAGCAACAACAACCACGAUCAGCCCAAUGGUGGCAUAUACAAGCACCGCGUAUACGCGCCAUGCAGAUGAAGGAAUUCUUUACGCCGCUCAAGUACUGGGCGCACCAUUGCCAGCCGCCUGAACACAACUGUCCGCAGGAGUACUACCGAGCGCUGCUCGCUGACAGAAGCCGAGCAGCCGCCGCAGAAGCUAAACUAAUGGAUGACUUCACCGCCAAAGACGGUGAGAAAGUAAAGGUGAAACAAGCAACCACCAGCGCGAGCGCUGCCAACGAAGAUGAUGAUGUCAACGUGAAUGCGCAUGCAUUCGCCCAAAACGAUGGCGGCGGCAUCUAUGAUUCUAUGGACAACAUUAAUGAUGACGGCGCGGUAGAUAAUGUCUACAGCGAUGCUGAUGCCGUUGCUGAAAUGUCCUAUGAUGAAGAUGAAGACAACAAUGCCAGCAAUGACAUUUUAUUGCUGCUCAGCGGCGAACAAGAUGUCAUGAAAUUUCUGAGUUGGGCCAUGCAGCAGCUCUAUCCAUAUCAGCAUUUUCCACAGCUGAACGGUAGUGAGGGUGCGGAAUACUACUACCCAGGCAUGUUCAACUGGAAGAAAUUGAAUUUAUCGGGACACCUCGAACCGCCUUUGGUGGUGGAGGAGCCUCACUAUGUGAUUGUGCGGCGCGAGCAGCUGGAAGACGACUUGCCACCAGGCAUACGCAUCGAAGACCGCAAACCGAAGCAGCGCAGUGCGCUCUUUCAGAAUAUUUUCAAUCUCAAUCACGGCCCACAGUACAAAGAUGAUCCAUUCAUACCGCCGCGUGGUCGCAAACAUAAUUUGCCCGAUCUGGAUGCAUUGUUGAAUCGCUACGAGACAUUUGUGCCGAAUCGCGGCAAGCGCGACAAAAUCAAAGACAUCUUCAAGUAUGACGAUCUAUUUUUUCCGAACCGCGGCAAAAAGCAGGGACCGCCAAAGGCUGCAACUGUGCCGCAUAGCGGUGACGACAGAGCGAACGAGGUGAAUACGGCUGAGAUCGCACCUGAAGGCAAUGUUGACGAUGGUGGUCAGACUGAUGGGAGAAGAGCGUUCCUGUUAAGCGAUCAAGUUGAUAGGAGCGAUGACAGCAACCUGACAGUGUCGCCUGCCGCCGUUGCUAUCAGUCGUCUGCUGGCUGGAUGGAUGAAAUGCGUGCAACCGCAUGAGCUAUGUGUGCAGUUGAAAAGAGCGGUCGAUGUAACGAGGGAUGGUAAUGCUUCUGGAAUCCAGAGAAGUGGCUUUGAGAAAAACAAUGAUGACAACAGCAACAAUAAUGGUGACAUAAUUGACAGCGAUAUUGCAGUUUCUGAUGGCUACAGCAGUGGCAAUGGUGGAUGGCCUGACAGAAUGGCGCGUUUUCGCCGCGUGCCAACUACAUUCGGUGGCAUAACACGAAUAGCGGCAAAUCGUUUGCGUUCAAUGCCAACAACAAUAAAAUCAGCAGAACGCCAGCAAAACAAGAGUCCAACCAGACGGCAAGGGCGCUUACCACACCAACAACCAGCAAUGCUACGUUACUUCAUUCGACAAUUACGGCAAAAACAAGCCCAGCGCCGCGGUAGCUGGCAAUGGCCGCUGCUAACGAAUCAAGUGCGAACUAACAUUAACGAUUUAGAUCUGUUGACAUGGCGACAGCAACAUCAAGAUAAUAUGAAUAAACCUUUGACGGCACAACACUCAUCAUUGCAACAAGAGCAAGUAGAACAACCAAAGGGGCAACAAACCGAACACCAUCACCUGCAACAUUUACUUGGCGGUGUUAGCGGUAUCACCGCAGGGCGCAGCUCUCCAGAGACGGCGGAUGUUGGCGGCAUAUAAAGUUUAAUGUUGCCACUGGUGGCUCCAUUGUUCUUACUCAUUCUCCUUGGCACUCUUGCAAUAACCGAAAUCUACUGCAGAAAAUACCAUUAAUACGUUUACAAAAGACAAAUCACUGAAAACCGACAGAGUUGAAAAUAAGUAAAAGCGUCAGAAGACAAAAUGAACCGUUCAUCAGAACUAAAUAUGAAAUUUAUCAACGCAUUGUAUUCAUAUGUAAAAGUAUUCGCUGCAGAUGCUCCCCACACAUGUAUCGUCAUAUUGUAUGAAUUAAUGGAAAAUUUCAAAUAAUAUUCUAACUGUAAGCAAUUGA